UCGCACUGUUUUCUUUUCUUCCUAUAAUUAAUUAAUAAUUUUUUUAUUAUUAUCCUUGACUUUUCUCUCCUUGUAUAUAUAAAACAGUCUUUCUCCUCUCCAUCUAUCUUGCUCACCAUUUCGCUUCCAAAUCAUCUUCUCUUAUUCCCAUUUUGCCCUUAAAACCUUCUCUUCCAAUGUACACUGCGUUCGCUCCCUCCCCUCUAACCGCCGCGACCUCCGUAAUCACCGCCGCGGCAACCUCCAACACAGUUCAGAAGCCUAUCCUUUUAUCACCGGUUAAAACAACCGCCGAUCGUUCUUGUCGGAGGUUUCAAAUCAAAGCCUCGGUGUCAACGUUUCCUGACUCGACCCGAGUCGACUCAAGGUAUUCAACGCUGAGUCUGUACGAUAUACUCCGGGUGAAUCCAGCUGCGUCGCAAGUGGAGAUCAAGUCAGCGUACAGGAGUCUUGCGAAGAUUUACCAUCCUGAUGUCUUUUUGAGUCAUGAUCGUGAUCAUGAUGACGAGCAAUCGGACGGUGGAGAUUUUAUCGAGAUUCAUAGUGCUUAUGAGACGUUAUCCGAUCCGGCUGCUAGAGCGGUUUAUGACCUGUCUUUAUCGGCAGCGGCGAGGUGUUUUUACAGGAGAGCGGCCGUGUAUUCGGGCGGGGAUUAUACGACCCGAAGAUGGGAAACAGAUCAGUGCUGGUAAAGAGAAUGGAAAACUGACCAGGCUCAUGGAAUCUUAUAGUUUAGGAUUGUUCCUCUGUUUUUUUUAACAUACAGUUGAAACAUGUCACUGUCGUGGCAAUGUGUAAGGCGGUAGAUUUCGGUUUUUUUUCUUUUAACGAAAUGACAAAAAGGAGGAGUGAAUAUAAUAUUUUCCAGUAUUUAAAUGUUUGCUAAUCUUAUCAAAUGUUUUAUGGGAUCAUAAAA